AUUUACAAAAAUUUAUCAAUUCGAUAAGCCAAAACAGCAACAGUACUUCUAAAUCCAAAUCGGCCUCUCCCGAUCCAAUCUUCCCCGAUUUCUUCGCAUCGCAUCGCAGCUAGAUUUAUCCAGCAUUCUUCACUCUGAAUUCGAGAACUGGCAUAUACACAAAAACGACCAGCACAGUUUUAACUACUUCUUCUCUCAAAUAAAAACAAGCAAGAGAAAAUAUCCUCCCCCGCGGAGUCCAGAUCGACCGCCACCGCGAUCUCGCAGCUGUUACUUUAGGUACCUACGCAAGCUUCAACCCGAACAAGACCUCCAUCGCAACAAACGAAGAAGCAGCACAAGCCUCAAGAACAACCUAAUCACUCUAUCCACGAAUACUUCCAAGAGAGUCGCGCUCCUACGCGAUCAUCGCUGGCCACAAUGACCUCGACAGAACCCGAACGCACAGAGUCUACAACAACCACGACAACAAAUACCAUCACACAAGAUUCGACAGAAAGAACCCUCUCCCCCUCUCAAUCUCAAUCUCAAUCUCCAUCCCACGAACCAAAACCCUCAGACUCAGACCAAAACCAACCCGACACCACCCCCUCUCGUCCCCACCGUCCUCGAAAACAAAUUCACACCCACCACUGCCGCUUCUGCAGUCACCUCCUCCUCGCCACAACGCGAGACAUAUCCCUCCUUCAUCGACGGCGCGAACCCGCUCAAGACGCGGCAUUCAUCCUACCAAUCUCGUCUCCAUCGGGAGAUGGUGAAGGAUCGGAUUCUGAGUCCGAAGCGAACGGGGGCGGGAAAGAGACAAAUUACACGAUCCUUCUCUCAACUCUCCUUCCGGAUCGGAAACAUACUAUUAUCCGUCGUGCGGAUGGGUUCGAGAAACGGCUUUUACUACGUUGUGGUCGGUGUCGGGUCGUGAUUGGGUAUUUUUUGGAUAAUGUGCAUUUUAGACAGCGGAAAGGUCAAGGGGGUGCUGCAGAUGCAAAGAGUGAUGGAGGGAGGGAAGAGGGUGAGAAGAAGGGGGACGAUGACGAGGCGAAGGUGGUGUAUCUCCUGCCUGGGAGCCUGGUGCGGACGGAGCAGUUGGAUGUCAAUGCGGAGGAUGUGGAGUUGAAGUUGGAGAGCGAUCGGGAGUGGAGGGCUUGGUUGAAGGGGGAGCGAUGAGAUCCUGCCGAUUUGGGCGGACGUUAGAUGAUAUUAUCAUUAUGAACUACUUGUCGCAUUGGGCGACAGAACAGGAGAAAGGAUAUUACUCCUUCCAUCGGUGGCAUUGAUGUGUAUAGAUAGUUAGGUAUUUAUUGAACGCGGAUUAGGCCGAUGUUAGCCCGGCCACCAGUAAUGUAC